AUGCGGAGUCCGCAAGGGACGAUGUCCACCACCACUGCCCUUUUCAUGCUCGUCACGGUGCUGCCGGCUGCUGUAGAAGCGGUUCAGUCGACGUUCAACUACGUGCCGAUCGGACAGAAUCCCACGCUCUACACUCCCGGUUUCGAGCCCAUCAUGCACCUCGAUCAAGUGAGUAUUCUAAAUUAUCUAUUCAUAUCUCUCCCGUUUCAUUUCAGAUGACAUUCAACGACACCGUCUUCUCGGACCGUGCUUUUCUCGUGGAGUUCUACGCUGACUGGCAAGUCGUUUCUCUCUAUGUUCCUUUCUGAUUAUUCCUCUUCAGGUGCGGACACUGUCGUGCUUUCGCCCCGUACUUCCGUCAGUUCGCCAACAUGGUCCGUGACUGGUAUCCGGUGGUCACGGUGGCCGUCAUCAACUGUGCCGAUUCGUUCAAUCAGCAGGUGUGCCGCGAGAACGGCGUCACCUAUUUCCCCAUGAUGAAGGUAAGAGGGGCGACAGUCUGUUUCGCUGGAUGUGUUCGAGUGUCUUUUGCUGAUUAGAAGGGUAGAGGGUCAUGUCAUUUUUGCGUACAUAUUUACACUGGCCGACACACACACAAACGGUUAGGGAAUUGAGGAGAUCUCUCCGCCGCUGGCUGCUGCGGUCUGUGUGCUGGCCUUCUCUGAUUGGGAAAAAAGAAAGAGGUGAUAGCAUUUGGUUUUGGUUUUUGAGUAAAUAAAUAACGAGGCAGCCGGACAAACGGGAACGAGAAGUUCUCAGAAAUGAUGAUGACUCGCGCGAUUUCAUGUGUGUGUGCUCAGGUUUUUGAUUUCUGGGAGAACGGAUAAAUUAGAGUGGGGAGAGCACACAAUGCGAAGACCAGAGAAGAUCAGAGAGAAAAGAAGGUCAUUAAGACAGAGAGAGAGAGAGAGAGAGAGAGAGAUUAGGAUUUCCUGGAACUGUGUAGGAUAGGAUGAUGAAAACAUCAGAGAAACCUCUGGGUCAUGUGCUUCAGCAGCAGAAAGUGUAUUGCACUUUGAGCAGAUAAAGAGGAAAAUUAAUUUCCUUUCGUCAAUCCGAUCUGAUCAGCUGAGCUGGCUCCUACACAGAUAUUUUGCACUUUCCGUCGUCGUCUGACCCUCAAAUGACGUAGCUGUUCUUGAGAACCUAGGUCUCGAAUCAGUCUCGAUCCUCUCUCCGCCUGCGUUUCCUGCUCUCUUGACCCCGAUAAUCCAUCCGAGCACAGUGUCGUCGGAGAGGCGCCGGAUGACUUUCCGACCAAAGAAUGAGAAGAACGAGUGCAUUGUUGACCUGCAAUCGAUUAUUUGUUUUCUCGCCACCAUCAUCGCCCGGAUUGACGUGAAUCGGCCUCCUCUUUGAAGCGACGAAAGGCGUUUUUAAUGAAAUCCGAGAGGUGCUCUCCCUCUUCUGCACUGCAUUUGUUCUCUUUUUGCGAGAGUUGUUCACACUUCGGGGCAAACAGAAACGGGCGGUUUGGCGAAUGGAAAAAAACGGAAUGGAACGAGCGCGGCCAAAACUGUGUAGUUGUGGAGAUCCAAACAAACAUGAUCCGUUUUGCAGUACUUUGCGAGAACGGCGACGCAGGCAUCUCAAGCAAAACUGUUUGAGACGCCGCAUUCUGCUGAACAGAUUCGGGACACUUUGCUACGAACCGUUAGCAACGAAUUCAUGUUCAACAGGUACAUCCCAGAACAAACUGACUGACGAAAAUAGCCGGCGCUUCCAGAUAUCCCGACUGGCCGAACCUCGGACACAUAGCCGUCGACAGCCGCACUACCUACGGGCAACUGUGGGACGGAGUUCCGAUGCGUGCCAACUACCUCGCCAUUCUUUUCGAGGAGUACGAUGGAGUCGGCGCCCAAUUCAUCAUGGACCUGAUCGCGCGGAACCACGUGCUCGGAGCCCGCCGUGCUCUUUCCAACUCGCCACUCGUUCAGAUGCUCAACAUUCGCAAUUUCCCGACUGUCGCACUCUUCCGAAGAGACCAUCAGCAAGCACUUUACAUGCAAAGAUACACCAAUCAGACGGUCAGCGAUCUGGACGAGGCAAUCACCCAUGAUUCGGUCAAAGAAGGCAGAAAGGAGCCGAUUCUCACGACGACGUUGGCUCCGACAACCACCACCACCCAGACCCCUCUCGUCGACUGCCAUUCGUAUCCGGAACGGUGCCGUGAAAUGUACUACGUCUCGGAAACCGACAUGCUCAAGGCUAUGCGCAUGGCUCUGCUCGACGAAGUCACUCGUAUCCCUGGACCGAUUCGUGGAGACAACUUCACCAAUCUGCACGACUUCAUGACUCUUCUAUCCAACGUAAGUGUUUUCCCCUCGAGGCACAUCAUCUAGUUAUCAAUUUUUGCAGCACUUCCCGGUACUCUCCUUCCAAAAUGAUAUCCGCCGAUCGCGUGCCAAGAGAACGACUUCUGUGGUGAGUAUUUCUGUUUUUGCAUUUCCAAACAAAAUGAAUUUGAUUCAGAUUCUGCGUAAUUCGGAACGUGCCCGCUUAGUGUUCACCCACAUGCGCGAGUUCCUCGAAGGUCGCAAAUCGAUCGGAUCCGUCUCUUCUGACGAGUAUCGCCGGCAGUUCGAAAGCGUCGAACGCGUCUAUGCCAGUCCGUUCCCCGUCAAUUCCACGUGGCAGCACUGUAAGGGCUCUUCUCCAAUGUUCCGUGGAUACACUUGCGGUCUCUGGACGACGUUCCAUGCACUCACUGUCCACACGUACAUCGACACAAUCAAGGACGAUUUCGUGAAUCCUAUGAAGCCGUUGAGCAGCAUUCAGGGAUGGGUGAAAAGCUUCUUCGGCUGUGAGCACUGCCGGAAUCACUUUAUGCACAUGACGACGACGCUAUUCCCGUUGAACGAACGGCGAGUUCGCCAUCCGCACGAUAUGAUGACCUACUUGUGGAGAGCUCACAACAUCGUCAACAACAGACUGCACGGCGAUCCGACCGAGGACCCGCAGUUCACGAAAAUGCAGUUCCCUGCGCCGUUCCUUUGUCCGACUUGUCAUUCCGGGGGGCAAUUCUCCCGACGGCAGGUGAGUAACGGGGAAUUUUCAUCGCUUUUCAUCCAACAUGUGCUCGUUUUCAGAUCAGAAACUUCCUGCUCCGCUAUUAUGGAAGCAUCAAGCCGCACAACCGACUGGCAGACCAACGUCUCGCCUUCUGA